AUGUGUGUGGCCAACCUCAAUGUCUCGACGCAACCAUGCUCGCAUCGUUGGUACACUCUUGUGAAACCAUGCAGCAGCACAACAAACCUCUCAAACUGCCCUUCGAAACUCGCUCUUGAAGGCUGGGAGACCAGAUUGGAAUCUUGUCCUUGGUGUGAUGACUCAGCCUCCGACUCUGGCAUCCUCGACGACAGCACACAUCGCCUGUUUGGCGGUAGUGUAUCUCGCUCGCGAAGUGGAAGUCUAGGAACUUCUGGUACUAGCGCUAUGCCCAUUGCUGCCGAGAGACACAGACGUCAGAGCAGUGCGACCAACUCCACGACAUCGUUGUCAAAGGAGUCUAGCAGUCGUUUCACGCAGGAUGAAGAUGUCAUGGUAGAAGGGCUCGGCAGAGGCGAGAAGGCUCGCAUGAUGAACUGGCGCUUAGAUGUCUACCUGAUGGCGCAUCCCGAGCGUAAGCAAAGCAUCGUGCAGGAGAUUGAAGGUGUCGCACCCGAGUCUUCUGUACCUGAACCAAACGGACUAAGCAGGUCUGGAAGCAUCAGAAGAUCUGGCAGUAUGCUUGGCAGGAAGAUGAGAAAGGGUAUGCGCCUCAGCAAGACCAUCUUCAAGGGUUGA